ACCACCAACCACCUCUCAUACAUACCACCAACCACCAUACUUAAACUUGCCUGCUGGGUCGCCGGAGGAGAUGGAGGCGGCGAUCGGCGUGGCCAACGGGCUCAUCGGCAGCGUGCUCAAUCUGCUGUCCAAUGAGCUCGUGGAGGCGUUUGUUGCCAGCUCCCAGCUCGGCCUCAACUACACGGAGAUGAAACGUGAUCUCUUGUUCACGCAAGGGCUACUGCAAGAGGCCCAGGCGAGGGGCAAGGAUGUGAGCGACAACCUCGGUCUGCGGGAGCUGCUGAAGGAGCUCAGCGCCAAAGCCGAUGAGGCUGAGGACGCGCUGGAUGAGCUCCACUACUUCAUCAUCCAGGACCAGCUCGAUGGCACCCACUAUGCGGUGCCGGACCUGGGUGAUGACCUCCGUGGCCAUGCUCGCCACGGUCGACAUGCCCUUCGCUACACCGUCGGUAACUGCUUUGCAUGCUUUUCUUGUUCGGGCAUGAAGGGUCAUGAUGAUGGUGUUGCUGCUCCUGUCAUUACUGAUAAUUCACCCAAUGCAAUACUGAACCCUGACAGUGAUGGUAAUGAUGGUCCAGUUGUUAAGUUGUCUUUCGACAGAGUUGCCAUGUCCAAAAAAAUCAAGUCAGCGUUAGAGGAAAUAAAAUCCCUGUGUGACCGUGUCUCCAAGUUGCUCCAGCUAAUUCCACCACAUAGCACCACCACCACAGUCACCCAAAGGCACCGUAUCACAGGGUCAACCAUUGUCCAAGAUACAUUGUAUGGGAGGAGAGCUAUUUUUGAGAAAACUGUAGAUGAUAUCCUCACUACUGCCACAGAGCAGUGUGAACCCCUUUCUGUUCUUCCUAUAGUUGGUCCGGGGGGUAUUGGAAAGACAACUUUCACCCAACACCUGUAUAAUGAUAGGAGGAUAGAAGAGCACUUUGCUGUUAGGGUUUGGGUAUGCGUAUCAACUGAUUUUGAUGAGCUUAGACUCAGCCAACAGGUCCUUAGUAGCAUAGAAGGAAGCAACUCUCCAAAUCAGACAACAAGCUUAGAUCAGCUCCAAAUAUCCAUAGCAAAGAAACUCAAGUCUAAAAGAUUUUUAAUUGUCUUUGAUGAUAUAUGGGAAUGCAAUACUGAGGGAUGGAAAAGAUUGUUAGCUCCAUUCAUGAAGGGGGAAGCCAAGGGCAACAUGGUUCUUGUCACAACUAGGUUUCCAACUAAAGCUGAAAUGGUGAAAACAACCAACCCAAUAGCACUCCAAGGUCUAGAGUCUGAUGACUUCUUCACAUUCUUUAAAUCAUUAAUAUUCGGGGUACACAAACAUGAGUAUUGCCAAGAGGAAUUAGAUGAUCUUGCAAGUGAUAUUGCACAUAAACUGAAGGGUUCACCUCUAGCAGCCAGAACAGUUGGUCGUUUACUGAGGAAGGACAUUUCUCGGGAACAUUGGAUUGGAGUUCUUGAAAACAAUGAGUGGCAAAAAGAGGACAAUGUUGAUGACAUUAUGCCAUCAUUAAGGAUUAGCUAUGAUUACCUUCCUUUUCAUCUAAAAAAAUGUUUUUCAUAUUUUUCCUUGUUCCCUGAAGAUUUUCAGUUUAAGAAGUUAGAUAUUACGUAUUUUUGGAUUGCACUAGGAAUCAUAGAAAGAGAUGAGAAUUAUCUAGAGGAACUCGUAGAGAUCGGUUUUCUCAUGAAGGAAGUUGAUGAUUCCGAGCAACCAUACUAUGUAAUGCAUGAUUUAUUACACGAGUUGUCUCGUAGUGUUUCAUCACAAGAGUGCCUCAACAUAUGUAGUUCAAAUUUUAGAGUUGAUGACAUCCCACAAACUGUUCGACACGUAUCUGUCACAAUGGAAGAUAGAUUUGAAGGGGGUGUUAGGGAAGAAAUGAUUAAAUUGAGGAGCAAGAUAGACAUUCGCAAUUUGCGAGCUUUGAUGAUUUUUAGGGAAUAUGAAGAAACAAUUGAUGGAUUUUUGAAAGAUAUUUUUAAGGAAAUAGAGGGUCUCCGUGUCCUGUUGAUAGUAAUGGACUCCAUGGAAAUAGAGGGUCUCCGUGUCCUAUCUUUGCCACUCAACUUUUCAAAGCUUAUCCACCUUCGAUACCUAAGGCUUACUCAUAACCUAAACAAUGUUGUGACAUGGCCAUACUUUUUACGAAAGCCAGUGAUUUUGCCUAACGCACUGUCAGUAUUUUAUCACUUGAAGUUCUUAGACCUCAGAGGCCUGAGUGAUACGGAGAAAAUACCUAAAGACCUUAACCGCCUUGUCAAUUUAUGCCGCUUCUAUGUUGAUAAUGAACUCAAUUCAAAUGUUCCUGGGGUCGGAAAGAUGAAAUGCUUGCAGGAGCUAAAAGAUUUCCAUGUUAAAAAAGAGAGUGUUGGGUUUGAACUGGCAGAGUUGGGGGAACUAACAGAGCUUGAAAGUGAACUCACAAUACAUAAUCUUGAGAAGGUGGUAAGCAAGAAAGAGGCUAUGGAAGCUAAGCUUGUGUGUAAAAGAGAUUUGACAAAGUUGGGGUUAGUUUGGGGUAUAGAUCACAAACAUAGCACAGAGUCUGAUGUUCUUGAUGCUCUUCAGCCACACCGUAAUCUUGGAGCACUUAGCAUUAUAAAUCAUGGUGGUAUGACUGGUCCUAGUUGGUUGUGUGGUGACAUUAGCAUCAAAAGGCUGGGGUCUCUCCACCUAGAGGGUGUCUCUUGGGGCACCCUUCCACCUUUUGGGCAGCUAUUGCAUCUCACAUCACUCACAUUGAUUAGGAUUUCUAUACUUCGUCAGAUCAGACCUGGCCUUGGUGGUGUUACAGAUGAAAGUUUUAUGCAUCUGAAGCGGAUCAUUCUUGAUAGAUUACCUGAAUUUAUCGAUUGGGUUGGGGGAGCUAAUUCCCAUUCUUUUUCAAGGCUUGAAUACAUCAGUUGCAGAGAUUGUCCCAAUCUUUGCGUGGUGCCCUUCCUUGAGUGCUCUAUCUCUUAUACCAGUCUUUCGCAUCUUUCCAUUGAUGAUUGCCCAAAGUUGUCUCUGCCCCCCAUGCCUCACACGUCCACGCUGACAUAUUGUCAUGUGUCACUUCCUCCUUCAAUGCUUGAAUAUUCUAGAAGGGCGAUGCUUAUUGAUGAGUAUAGUGGUGGGUGGGCCUUGCAUAACCUGCGUAAUGUAGAGGAAGUGAAUAUCCGGAAUGUAUCACACUUUUCAUUCACGGAGCUCAGUAAACAUAAAUCCCUAGCAAUGCUGAAUUUGUACAAAUGCAAUAUCAUGUGCCAUGGACUGCAGGAUCUCAUGUGCCUCCAAUCAGUUAGAGUAAAGUUUUGUCCCAACUUCUUUCGGUGGCCCAUCGAAGCAGCUCACACCAUUAAGCCUUUCCCUGCUUCCCUCCAGGAACUUGAGAUCGAAGGAGAGUCAGGCAUGCAGUCAAUGGCUCUCCUCUCCAACCUCACUUGCGUGACCAAUUUAAAACUGGUGGACUGUGAGAAUUUAACAGUGGUUGGGUUUAAUCCUCUCAUCAGAGUCAACCUUGAUAGGUUGGAGGUCUAUAACACAGAUAAGUGUCUUAGCCGCUCUAUAUCAGCGGAUCUGUUCUCGGAAUUGGCGGUAGCAAGGACCAACCUAUCAUUGCGUGCGGGAUCCUUCCGAUUGAGAUGGCUAGAAGUGGAUUGCAUCUCAUCGGUGCUUGUUGCUCCCAUCUGCACCCUCCUCGCUGCUACCCUCCAGAUUUUAAAAAUCAGGCAUGAUCAGCGGGCAGAAAGCUUCACGGGAGAUGAAGAGAGAGCUCUUCAGCUCCUCACCUCCCUUGAGUCCAUCUUUGUUAUGAAUUGCCCGAAUCUGCCGUCCCUUCCUCAGGGGUUAUACAUCCUUCCUUCUCUUCUGCGACUAUGUGUCUGUGAUUGUCCUCAAGUCCGAUCUCUGCCCAAGGACCCCUUCCCCACUUCACUGAAGACAUACGCAAGUGGUUGCAGGCCCGAGGUACAAGAGCAAUUAGAGGGAACAAUUUUCUCCUAUUUCAUGCUUCUUGAGUAACACAAGGUGGCUUAAUUGACGGCACAGCUGCUCGUUUCAACUGCAUCGUGUACAUAAGUCGUCAAACCUUUCGGCCUACUCUUACAGAGAUAGAAGACAAUAUAUCAACAUCUGGUCAGGAUCUAUGCAUGUCAUGUCACAGUUCCACAUGUCUGUCUGUCAGUCAAAAUCUAUUUUCCGGCUGGUUAAUUGGCAAAUUGUGGUACCUAUUGUUCUGCCUCGUACUAGAGCACACUGGUAAUAUUUGAGAUGGAGCAGGAGUAGUACAGUUUCGAUUGUUAGCAGCAAAAGUUGCGUGCUAAAUUUUGAAAACCAAGAAGACACUAUAUCGAUAUAUAGACCUGAAGAACAAUUAGGGCGGACACUGGAUUUGGCAUUCAGGACUUAAUUGGUUGCUCCAACUAAACAGUAACAAAAGUAUCAUCAAGAAGCAAUUGUGCACUUCUACCAUGAAUCACUGGUGGAAAAAGGGCCUUUGGUCGCGGUUCGCAACUGCCAUUAGUCGCGGUUGCGCAACCGCGACAGACCGGGCGCGACUAAAGGCCCCCCCC